GAGAGCCCGAGUGUGUGUGUGUGUGUGUGUGUGUGUUCAGGGAGAGAGAGAUAGAGAGAGCUUGUGCGCGUAUUAAGAGAGCGAAAGAGAGAGAGGGAGAGAGACGAGGUCUGGCGUCUACCGGUAGUAAAUUAUCAGGUUUCGGACACAAAACUCGGAGAAACAGACAGAUAGGAGGCCUCGUGGAAAUCUGCUUCAGUGGUGACCGGAGCCAGCAGCAGGAGCGGCGGCGGCAGCGCGUGAAGCCUUGGAUUUAAAAGCCUGACUACAAGGACGGAUGGUCGCGCAGACGGGCCGCGCGCUCUGAAGUUGGACAGACUACCGAGACACCAGAGCAAGAAGCCAGCAGCAGAGGCAGCAGCAGCAGCUUUUUUUUUUUUUUUUUUUUUGGGUCCCUCCACCUCCCCGAACCUCCGUAAAGGCAGCGGCGGCACCGGGAGGCUGUGCCCGCGCAUCCCGACCAUGGAGCUGCCUUGGCUACUGGCGCUCACGGCGCUGCUUGCUCACGCCACCACGGGACAGAAGUGGUCGCAGUCUAUUGAUGACGAAGGGUCGACGAGAGAUGAAUUUUACGACGAUGAGGACCUCUAUUCAGGCUCCGGCUCUGGCUUUCCUGAGAUCGGGAUGAGGCCGACAUCAGUAGCUGUGUUCUUCACCACAGAAGAAUCCCUACUUCUCUCCACCACCCAAGCCACUGGCCUCGCUCCCGCCGCCCCACCUGCAGCAGACCCAAGCCCCAACCCAGAGGACCCCACCACCAUCCCUCUGCCCCCCGAGGCUGAUGGAGAGAGUGGCGUGUUCUUCGACAGGGAGCUGGAGAGGGAACGGGAACAAGACAGAGACCUGGAGAGGGAGCAAGAAAGGCAAAGGGAGCAGGAGAGAGAGCUGGAGAGGGAGAGGGAACGAGAGAGGGAGAGAGAGCAGGAGCGAGAGAGGGAACGUGAGAGAGAGCGACAGAGAGAGCGUGAGCGUGAGCGUGAAAUAAGAGAGAGAGAGCUGGAGAGAAUCCGGGCCAUUGCCCAGACCACUGCCGCCCCGCGGUCCUCUGCUCCUGAUCCUGUGGUCACCACCAAUCCUGCAACCAGUCCUGCGGAAAGUGCAGCACCCCCUGCUGGUUCAGAUGACCUGAGCACCGCAGAAGAAGAGGAGGACAUCUACCUUUCACCUGGGCCCAGCAGGUUUUAUGUUGAAACCACUACAGAGGAAGACAUGCCCACCACACCAGUGACAACCCCUGAGCCCACCACAGCUGCACCAACCACCACAACUGCCACCACUGUCAAGACCAGGAACUUCAGGCCCAGGGUUCCCAUAAUGACAACCACUCAGGCGGUGCCAACAAAGAGAACAACCCGCCCACAGCAGCCCACAACAACACAGUAGGAUUCAGCUCAUGACGGUACCAACGAAGUGGGCGCUCCAGGACCAAGUGGAGAUUUUGAAAUCCUGGAUGGACGCCGCAAUGAUCUUGGCAGUGAAAUGCCAGUAAAUCCUGAUCUUAUCGGGAACACAGUGGAUGGAGGCAGCUCUGCAGCCCAGCUACCACAGAAGAACAUCCUGGAGAGAAAAGAGGUCUUGAUAGCGGUGAUAGUGGGAGGCGUGGUGGGCGCCUUAUUCGCCGCCUUCCUGGUGAUGCUGCUGGUGUACAGGAUGAAGAAGAAGGACGAGGGCAGCUACACGCUGGAGGAGCCCAAACAGGCCACCGUCACCUACCAGAAACCAGACAAGCAGGAGGAGUUUUAUGCAUAACACCAAUACGCCAGAGAGACACGCCGCACACCAGGAGAGAGAAAGAGCGAGCUAGAGAAGAGAGAAAGAUACUCUAAGUCCUGCCCUUCCUCAUCCUCCUCCUCCCUCUCCUCCACCUCUUUUUCUUCAUCGCUUCCCCCUUAUCUGCUCGCGUCUCAUCAUCCCUCUCUCCUCUCGUCUCCAGUAUACUUGAGAGCGCCUUUCUCUCUGCGGACUUGGACCUUUCUUUUCAAAGAAAACGAGAGAAAAAAAAAGAGGACAAAAAAAAAGGAAAAAAAAAUCCAAAUAUAUUCAGAAAAAAAAAAUAACACAUACACACAAGAUGUUUUUAAAGUAAAUGUUGUUAUUAAUAUUCUACAGAUUCUCUUGUUCUGUAUGUAAUGAUAUGAUUAUUUUGUAAGAAAACAAACAAAACAAAACACAUGCUCUUAACCUGUGUUUCCCAGCACACACACACACACACAAAAAAAGAUCCUCUUCUUGUAUUUAACUGAGCAAAUACGAAAAAGGCCUGAACGGGGGAGAGGACAGGGGUGGAGAGGGGUGGAGUGAGCUCAGGGACAAACAAAAUAUGAGAGCGGCGGGCUCGACUCUGCCCCUCGUCACCACCACCCACCAGAAAAGAAAAGAAAAGAAAACAUAUAGAGCAUCUGGUUGGCCGCACAGAGCCCAGGGUCAAAGGUGAGAGGAAAGGUCUCUUUUGUGCCUUCCGUCAAUCUGGUGCUCAAAGACACACAAAUGACGCACGUCCACAAAGCCACGCAUAAACACAUGCUUACACACACGCACGCGCUUGCAUCUGCUUGAAGGUGGCGCUGACCUCUCUCUCUGCGCUCGGCCAACCAGAAAACGGUGCUCGGGCCCCCUCGGCAUGUUUCACAACGUUCGAGGAGCCGCUGUGGAAACAACGUCCGGUUGCAUCAAGGGUUUGUUCACAACCAGCUGGUGGCCCUUCUGCUCCUCUAAACUGUAUAAAGACUAGUUAUGGAUAGUAAUAAUAAUCAAUAAUAUAUCAAUGUUCUUGGGCUGGAUGGUGAACAAUAAUAAUAAUGAUGAUAAUAAUAAUAAUAAUAAUAAUAAUACCGUAAUAAUAAUAAACAGGAGGAUGUGUAUUUAGCAGUUACAAAAAACAAAAAAGUUUAUAUGUAAAUAUCAGCGUAUCCUUUCUGGUGUCACUAACCAUCUGCAUGACCAUGAAGAGUUUUUAUCCAUCACAUCCGUCAUCCCUUUAGAUGAGCUGUGCUCUUGCCACAUGCACGCACGUACACACACUUAACACACACACAGUUGCGGAAAGAAAACUCGCUGCGCAUUUAAACACACUGCGCAGACUUUAAAUAGACUCAUAUCGUUCAAAAACAUAUCGACUCCAUCAUCAUCCUCAUCAUCAUCAGUGUCAUCAUCGUCGUCAUGAUGAGAGUCAUCACGUGAUUCCAGCGAGCUCAGGUGGUUUCAGUAUGUUAUUGAUUAGUUAUCGAUCAGUUGCCAGUUGGUUUAGAGUUUGGUCUGUUUGUGUAAAAGCACAAUUCCAUGUCCAGCCAUCAUCCAAUAACCCCACCACCACCUACCCCCUCUCUCUCACACACACACACACACAAACACACCCUUGCAUGCCUCACUUUAUGAUUUUUAAAUUUUUUUUUUUUUUUAAACUUUCUUCCAUCACUGGCUCUCUGUUUGGGGAUGGGAGGGGCCUCUUGGAAGCGUGAGGGGCUUUAAUGAAAAAUGAGUCCACGCAGAACGUUGCUCCCACGUGCACUAAUUCAAUCACAGCAUUGGUCGUUAGAGCGCUGGUUAUGAAUUAGUGUUUAUGAGGUCAACGUUAACCUGCUGUGGGUGCAUUUCGGGGAAAGGGGGGGGGGGGUCGAAGUGAGGAGACAGGCUGGCUGUGCUUCUAUUUAAGAGAUUGUAACAAUAAACACACCAGUGCGACUGGCUAGUAGCUUCUAUUAUACUCAGUACUGUAGAACAAAAAAUGCAUGGGAGUCAAAACUAUACUCGUCUGGGUGUGUGCGGAUGGCUCUGUGUGUGUGUGUUUUUUUUUUCCUUUUCUUUUGUCCAAGUGUGUGUCUUUGAAAGAAGAGAGGGGUGAGUUAAAGCUGGAAUGUACUGUGGUCGAGUGUGUGUGUUUACCUACUCCAGCAGUUCCCACGCUCUUCCACAGACAGGUAACACACCUCUUCCACUCCUGCGUGUGUAGUUACCUGGGCCCCCCCCCUCGCCAGUCCGAGAAUACCUGUGCUUUGUGUGUGUCUGCACCUCACCUAAACCUGCCACCUGUGUGUUUGCGUUUGCAUGAGUGCUUCACCUUGAUAUUUCACAGCAGACUCUUGUGUACACUGACUAGCCUGUCGAUGCGUGUGCGUGUGUGUGUGGGUGCGUGAACGUGUGUUUAGUCUGUUCACUGCUGAAUGUGGGGCGGCCCGUCCCUCACAGUGGCUAUCACACACACUGACUGUGUCUUUUCACUGUCUGUCUGACUCGUCUACCUGUCUGUCUCUCUGCCGCAGGACAGAUGGACAGACAACACGCCACUUUCUCACAGGCAGGAAUGAUAUAAACACGUACUGUCUUUUCUAAAAGUGACUGUCAAAGUGUAAAUGUGUGCGUUUGUAGCCAUUUAAGCCUGCGUAGCCAAAUAAGGUGUGCGUGUGUGUAUGUGUGCGUGUGUAUCUGAGAGAGAGUGUAAAUUUGUAUGUGUGAGUGUGAGUGUGUGUGUGUGUGUGUGUGUGUGAAGCCUAGUAGAGGCUACACGACUCUAUGUUUGCUGUUCCCAUUCCUGUUUUUAUACAUUUGCAUUUUUUAAGGCUGAGUUUCUGUCAUUGGCUGAGUGAGCGAAAGGAGGCGGAUCCUCCACGCCACCGCCCUGUCACUAAUCUGCCACUCUGUUCCAAAUAAAAAAACCUGAUUGGGUAAA